AAAUACCAUAAUGCACUACGGCGAAACACAAACUAUCAUGACACAUCUCCAACACCAGCCAAAGCUUCCUCUUUGGAAGCAUCCUAUUUGCUAACCUUGGGGAGAGGUGGGUGUCUGUUUUAACGGAUAUAUAUUCGGCAAGUAUAUCAGUCACAACGGAGGUCACAUGACACGUUUGGCAUAAAUGAGCUGUUGUUGUUAGCUUUGUAGCUCUCCAGAAGAGAGCACCAGUGGCUAGUACGGGCUAUCGCUAGCUUACGGAGGUGACCGAAUUCGUCACAUCUGGUGCUGGUGAUACUGGUUAUUUAGAAGGAGCACUUCGAGGAGACAAGCACUCAUUCGGCGUCAUUUUUUCUACAGGAAACUCUACAAAGAAGCAGCCAACUCCGAAUGUUGGUCAAAAAGUGAGAUUUUAGGCCCAAGCCCGAGAUGAGUACAUCUAUUCCAUGGUUUCCCAGGAGCCUCACCAGGAGUGGGAGGUUCUCAUGAGGAAAGGACAGAAAAGGAAGGAAGGAAAGAACAAAAGGGGCCUAUAAUUGAAAGUCAUGAAUCUCCAUCAGGUCCUCACUGGGGCUGUCAACCCUGGAGAUAAUUGUUUUUCUGUAGGGAGUGUCAACCAUGUGCCGUUCACGGCCUAUGCCUCGGGUUGUGAUGUGGUUAUCUUGGGAAGUGACUUUGAGCGUCUGCAGAUCAUCCCAGGGGCCAAACAUGGAAACAUCCAGGUUGGCUGUGUUGACUGCUCACUGCAGGGUGGACAGAUUGCAGCUUCCUAUGGAAGCACUGUGUGCAUCUUUGAGCCUGUGCAGCACCCUGAACCUAAAGAUGCAUCAACGACAAAGUUUAACUGCCAAUGGCAAAAGACCAGACAGUUUGUUUUACAGUCAAUGGUACGCAACCUAGCGUGGCACCCCACAGGAAGCUCUCUUUUAACUGGCUCUAAUUGCCUUCAGUUGUGGUCGAGUGCUGAUGUAACAGACGAUCAAACUGAAGAUGGAGCGGAGCAGCCAGACUUGACCAUGAGAGACACACAUUGUGCCUGGACAUGCAUCUGGGAGAGCAAGACUGCCUCUCCCAUCAGUUUAAUGAAGUUCUCUCUGGAUGGAGAAUUUUUUGCCACUGCUGGACAAGAUGACUGUUUAGUAAAGGUUUGGUACAGCCCCAGUAAGUGGAAGUUCAGUAUACCCAGGGUCUUCACUCCUCAAGAUCCCAACCCCAGUGUCCAGGGAAAGCUGUCCUUCUCUUUUGUUUAUCUGGCACAUCCUCGUUCUGUGACCGGCUUCUCUUGGAGGAAGACCAGCAUGUACAUGCCACGUGGUGCAGUGUGUAAUGUCCUGCUCACAUGCUGUAAAGACAGCGUGUGUCGACUCUGGUCGGAGACAUUGUUGCCAGGUGACACUUUAGUUUCUAAAGCCCACAACAACAGAGCAUCUGGACAACACAGUGCUGGUCCUGGCAAAAAACACACCUGCAAUGGGAGGAUGUCUGGCUUUGCACUGCAGGAUUUGAAUUUCCAGGAAGCAUUGCCGUCGUCUUAUCGCAGUGGGCCCAGACCUUCCAUGAGUGGUUGGCUGCCUCAGCAUCAAAGUCGACACUAUAAGCACAGGAAGAGUAGCAGCAAUCUUCCCCAUGCCAUUGGUCUCUGUCACUUUCACAUUGCCGCCAGCAUCAACCCAGUCACAGACAUUCCUCUGCUGCCCUCAAUCUCAUCUCUGAGUACGGCAGACGACGAGGAACCUGGAGGUCCUUUUACUGUUCACUGGCUCAAUAACAAAGAACUGCAUUUCACUUUAGCCAUGGACGUGUUUCUGCAGCAGCUCCGAAGAAGCCUGGAACAGCAGAUGGAAUGCAGCCAUGAAGAGUCAGAAGAUGAAGACAGCUUUGAAGAAGAUGUUGCUAGCAGGCCAUGUGACCACCAGGGACCUGAGAGGAUGGAGCUGACUCUGGCAGCAGUGCAGCACCAGGUGGACGUGUUGUUAGAGGAGUGGAAUAAAGGGGCAGACAUGCUGUUCAGUAUUCAUCCCAUGGAUGGCUCUCUGCUAGUGUGGAAUGUGGAUUGGUUAGAUGAAUACCAGCCAGGGAUGUUCAGACAAGCUCAGGUAUCGUUUGUGUCCCGUAUUCCUGUGGCAUUUCCUGCAGGAGAUGCCAUUUCCCUGAGCCACAGUGUUGUUAUGUACGCCUGCAACAAAAAUGUGGAUCUGGCUAUCCAACAUGGCAGACAGCGCCCCCCUGGGACCACACUGCCACAAACUAAAUCUGCUUUGAUAAGCUACAGAGGCCAAGGGAAAGUAAUGCCUAGCAAUAGUCUUCGCUUGAGCAUCUUCACCCCAAAUGUGCUCAUGAUUUCCAAACACGCCGAUGGUUCCCUGAACCAGUGGGCCGUCAGUUUCGCAGAAGAUUCUGCGUUUUCAACCGUGCUGAGCGUCUCUCACAAGUCGAGGUACUGUGGCCACCGAUUCCACCUCAAUGAUCUGGCCUGUCACUCGCUACUUCCUCUUCUCCUCACCACAUCACACCACAACGCUUUGAGGACACCAGAUGCGGACAUCCUGGCCCCUCCAGAAGCCUACUAUUCCAGUUUCUCUGUUUCCCGUGGUUCACGAGCCAGUCGAGCGUCUCUGGGGGUGGUUUCCCAGGAUCCAAAUGCAAUCUACAGUGAGCUGAUAUUAUGGAGAGUGGACCCUGUUGGACCGCUGUCUUUGUCAGGAGGAGUCUCCGAGCUUGCAAGGAUCAACUCCCUUCAUGCAUCAGCGUUUGCUAAUGUAGCCUGGUUACCAACACUCAUUCCCAGCAGCUGUUUAGGUGUCUACUGUAACUCCCCGAGUGCCUGUUUUGUGGCAAGUGAUGGCCACUCACUCAGGCUGUAUCAGGCUGUUAUUGAAGCCAAGAAACUGUUAAGUGAACUCUCCAACCCUGAGAUAUCAAAAUAUGUUGGAGAAGUGUUCAAUAUAAUCAGUCAACAAUCCACUGCAAAACCAGGAUGUAUUAUAGAGCUGGAUGCCAUUACAGACUUUCAGGGGAAGGAGACCCAGCUUCUUCAUGUUUUUGAAGAGAAUCUUAUCCUUGGAAAUCAAAGGGCUGAAAGCUCGCAGGACCCACCCGACUCCCCUCACACUGGUGAGCAGCCCUUCUCGGCACGAUUUUUCCUGGUCGUGGUCGAGUUAACCCACAAAGGUCGCUCGCUUCUUCACAUGUGGCAUCUCCAUCUUGCUGCUUGCCCUGUUACAAUGGAAGAGACCAAAUCAGAGGCUCCUUUCAACAGCUCUCCAUUCGACAUGCUCACAUUCAUUUCUCCAGUUACUCAGACGAGUAAAACCUGCACUUCCAAUCUGCAGAGUGCUUGUCGACUCAGCCUCUCAACACGCUUACUAUACAGCCAAGAGAUGUUACUGCCAGAGGGAGUGGAAAUCAUCAACGUUACACCCUCAGCAGGUCACCUGAGUGCAUCAUGUUCUCUGCCAGCCGGCUGUGUGCCUUAUCUUAUCGCUACAUCCUGUUCUGAUGGAAUAGUGCGCUUCUGGAGAUGCAAUGUUGUGGCAAUGGAGCCUUUCAGUAUGGACAGUUUACUGUACCAGUGGGAAGAGUGGCCAUUUUUGGUAGAUGAGAGACUCCCCAGCAGCAGUGCUGUGAAUGUACCAGGACGCCCCAUAGAGGUCAGCUGCUGCCAUGCUGGACGCUUUGCUGUUGCCUACAGACAGACACCACCUACAAAUCCAACAUCAAUAUCUCGUCUGAAUCUUCCAGGAUCGAUGAUUUCACCCAAGCAGGCAUCAUCCCCCUAUAAUGUGAACCAAAAAAGAACUGUGCAGAACAGCCUCAAUAUUAGCCAAUGCCCCGACCAGGUUUACAUUGCAAUUUUCCAGUCUGAAUCCACAGGUGGGUCACAGUGGGUUUUAGAGCAAACCAUUGUCCUGGACAGCAUAGAUGCUACAGCUCACUAUGACAGUGACAGUGAAAGCAGCAUGGGUCAGGGUGCCAGUGUUCAGAACAACAGGGAUCUUUCUUUACCAAAUUUGGUAAAUUGUUUGGGCUCCACCAGUAGAAGCCUGGUACAUUUGGACUGGGUGUCUGAGGAGGAUGGCUCCCAUGUUCUGACUGUGGGCAUUGGGACAAAGAUUUACAUGUAUGGCCGCCUCACAGGGAAGCCUCCAGAGCUGGGUUUAUCAUCUGAUGCCGCUAAAGAACAGAGAUUGUCCCGCCUUGUUUUGCUCCGUUCAGUGGAUCUGGUCUCUUCCGUUGAAGGCUCAUUACCCAUCCCUGUUUCUCUGUCCUGGGUGCGAGACGGCAUCUUGGUGGUGGGAAUGGACUCCGAGAUGCAUGUCUACUCCCAGUGGCAGCCUCCAAAGCCGCAGAGACCCGGUGCUGCCUUAGGCCAGGACACUGACAUCAGCAGCAGUGUCUCCUCCAUCACCUCUGCAGUCAGACAGAGCCAGGAUGAUGGUCCAACUACUGGCCCUUUGUUGGCACCUCCCAAAAAAGGCAUGACAAGGUCAAUGAUGAGUUUGGCUCAAAAACUAAGUGGUAAAAAAACGGCGUAUGAUCUGCCGAUCGAGAUGGAAGACUUUGGACUGUUUGAAGCAGCACAACAACUCUUCCCAACUCUUCCUCAGUACCAUCCUGUACAAUUACUGGAGCUCAUGGAUCUAGGCAAAGUUCAUCGUGCCAAAGCCAUACUCUCUCAUCUCGUCAAAUGUAUCGCUGGAGAAGUGGUGACCCUUAAAGACAAUAACACCAAUCCAGAGAAACGUGUGCGUUCCAGGACCAUUGGUGCAGGAGGCAGCACGGCCAGGGAUCCAAUGAUGUUUAACCUAACAGAGAGCUCCACCCCGGGUUACACAGAGAUAAGCUCCAUCCCACCUCUUCCUCUUUAUGCUCUCCUUGCAGCUGACGAUGAUACAUCAGCAAAGCAUGAUAAAGUGAGCAGUGUGAGUGGAGACAGUGGGCACGGUUCCACUCAUACUGAUGCUUAUGAUGAGCUCUUUCACACACCCAGCAUAAUGGAUGUGGAUCCACUGAACCAUGAUAAAGAGGAAGCUGGUAAUAAGGUAAUUGACCUGUCUCAGUACAGCCCCACAUACUUUGGUCCAGAACACGCACAGGUUCUGUCCAGCCAUCUCCUUCACUCAAGCCUGCCUGGAUUAACUCGUCUGGAGCAGAUGUCUCUUAUGGCAUUGGCCGACACCAUCGCCACCACAAGCACAGACCUCAAGGUCAGCCAGGACAAAAGCAAAGGUGGAGAGACACUGGAUGAGUGUGGUCUGAAGUUUCUGCUGGCUGUCAGGCUGCAUACCUUCCUCUCCACCUCUCUGCCUACAGCACACCGAGCACAGCUGCUACGACAAGGGCUGUCAACCUGUCAUUAUGCCUGGGCCUUCCACUCUGAAUCUGAGGAAGAGCUGUUGAACAUGCUACCUUCUCUACAGAAGAACGAUCCGACCUGGCCUGAGCUGCGCUCCAUGGGUGUUGGCUGGUGGCUACGCAGCACCAACAAGCUGCGCAGGUGUAUUGAGAAGGUUGCCAAGACUUCAUUUCAGAGAAGCAAUGAUCCUCUGGAUGCAGCUAUUUUUUACCUCGCACUGAAAAAGAAGGCAGUGGUUUGGGGAUUAUACAGGUCGCAGAAGAACACCAAAAUGACUGACUUUUUUCACAACAACUUCACUGAGGACAGAUGGAGGAAAGCAGCAUUAAAAAAUGCCUUUUCGUUGUUGGGGAAACGGCGAUUCCAACAUUCUGCAGCCUUCUUCCUUCUCGCUGGGUCCCUUAAGGACGCUGUUGAGGUGUGUAUAGAGAAGCUGCAGGACCUCCAGUUGGCGCUGGUGAUCUCGAGAUUGUACGAGUCAGAGUAUGAGAUGGGGACCACCUACAAAAGGAUCCUUCAGAGACACAUCCUUGGUCGAGACAAGCAGAUUUCAGCCCACCAGGAUCCGUUCCUGCGCAGCAUGGCUUACUGGGUGUUGGAGGACUACAGCAAAGCCUUGGACACUCUGCUGGAGCACGGCACCAAAAGCAGCAGCUCAGGCUCCACAGAGAGCAAAUAUGACUCUGGUUCCUCGUUCAUGGCUACAUGUAACCCUGAUGUCUUCAACUUCUAUACCUACCUCCGCACCCACCCACUUCUCCUACGUCGCCAUUUUGGCUCCUCAGACAAGGGCAAAGUUGGUCUAACUGCUGAGGGUCGUAGGGCAGACUCCAUUAGCCUGGAAGAGAGGAGGCUGUUUUUCACUGCUGCAUAUGCCCACCUACAGGCUGGCUGUCCAAUGCUCGCCCUGGAAAUCCUGUCAAAGAUGCCUAAAGUCUGCCGACAUUCUAAGCUCCCAACUCGAGAGGUUCAGGGGAACUCUCCUAAACACAGCGUUGAGAGCAAGGAGGGUCAGACCUCGGACCCAGAUUGGUCUCAGCCAUCCUUAAAUGGCUACGAGUCAGAUGGGAAUAGUUUUAGCAAGUCUGAGUCAGUGUUAAGUUUUGACUGGAGCCAGCCUUCACUUGCUCUCCCAGAUGAGCCGCUUGAGCUGAAGUGGGACAGUGACAAAGAGAAUAAUGAUGAUGAUGAAGAGGGCGAUAGGGGAAUUAAAAACGCUCAAACCAGUGGAAUGGCAGACAACGUCAGUGUUUUCCACGACACACAGGACACUAUGUCACCUAUGAUGGACAUAAUGACAGAAGAGGACACUGAGGACAGCAGUGACUUUAUUGCACCGAUUGAUGACGUCUUCGUGGCCCAGCUAAAGUUUGCUGCCUGCCUGAAAAUGUUAACCAACGAGCUUCGCACAUUGUCGACAGGUUAUGAAGUGGACGGAGGCAAACUGCGCUACCAGCUGUACCAGUGGUUAGAAAGAGAGGUGAUCACUCUCCAGCAUUGUUGCAACUAUAAGCCCUGUCUGCCAGACCUGUCCGUCCACAGUGAUGCCUCCGUGUUUGGAUUGGAAGAGGAGGAGGAGCAGCUGGGCAGCCCACGCAGUGACAGCCAGCGAAGUGGGAGACACUGGUUGCAGAGCAACCAGCCUUUAUUGAGGAUGUUUCUUAGCUACUGCAGCCUGCAUGGGUCUCACGGUGGAGGACUGGCCUCUGUUCGGAUGGAGCUUAUACUGUUGCUGCAGGAGUCUCACCAGGAUGACUCCUACCAGUCAGCGGUGACGUCCAGUGCCCAGCCCACCUCCAUCCCCCUCCUAAUGGCUUGCACAGCCGGUGUGAAGACAGUUGUAGCCAGUCCCAUUGUAUACCUGACUAAUCUGACUCACGACAUCUUGGAGACCAUCAAUGCCCUGGACUCUCCUCCUCAUCCUGACGUUGUUAACAAUGAGAUUUAUGUGAUGCACACCUUGGCUGCUUCCUUAUCUGCUUGUAUCUAUCAGUGUCUGUGUGACAAACACACUUACAGCCAUGUCAACCAUUUUACUGGGAUUGUUUACCAGAGUGUGUUGCUGUCUCAGAAGCAGUCAGUCAGACACUUCAGUGUGGACGAGCUGGUUCAGCCGAACACUUCUCCUGCUCAGUGGCCAGGUAUCGCUUCCAUGGUCCGUCUUUUGAGCUCAGCAGGUGAGGAGAGUCAGCCAGGCUUGACCGUGCUGCUCUGCGAGAUCCUCACUGCCGUAUUUCUCAGCUUGUUUGUUCACGGCAUGGCCAGUCACUCCAGCCCUGAGCUGUUUCGCAUCAUGGCCCACCCUCUCAGCAGUAAACUUUGGGUGGCAGUGUUUGGAGGAGGUGCCCGGACCCCUGUCAUAGAGAAACUCAACAGUCCAGCGAGGACGCCACCUCCAGUUUCUCCGAGUGCCUCAGACAGGAAGUCCAGGCGGUUUAGGCUUCUGUCGUCACGCAGUGCAUCCAAAGAGGAGUCUUGCCAUGAGCGGGAGGGACUGUCCAGUCCUAAAAAUGUCACCAUAGUGGACCAAGAAGCUCCGUCCAUCUUUAAAGAGCAGUUUGUCCCUCCAGACCUCAGCAUCUGGGAUUACUUCAUUGCAAAGCCUUCACUGCCACCAUCAGAAAACAGAAUUGAGUAUGACUCAGAGGAGAACCAGGGCAGUCAAGACGAAGAUGAGGAUGACUAUGAUUAUAUGUUUGACCCCAAUUCUCCACUACGAGAGCAUUCGAAUCACAACUCAUACAGUUGGUGUUUAAUGCGUCUGGCAAUGGUGCAGCUUGUGAUGGUCAACCUCAAGUCCUUUUACCCCAUGGCAGGAUACGAUCUUUUAGAUCUGCCCGUGGCCUCUCCUCUGUGUCACGCUGCCCUCAGGACACUGCAACGAUGGGAACAAGUAUUGCAGAAAAGGCUGGAAAUCUUUGGGGGUCCGCCUUCCAAAUACAUCUCCACACACCUCCAUGAUGAAACUACACCACCUGGACCCGCCCUGCUCAGACACAAAGCCCUGUUUGAGCCGUCCAACACACCUUUCAGGACGACCCACCACUCAGCGCUGCCAGUGAAACGCUUGUGGCAGUUUCUGGUCAAGCAGGAAGAAGUACAAGAGACUUUUAUACGAAACAUCUUCACAAAGAAAAACGAUCCAAAUGAGUUGAUUGAGGACCAGACUGACAAUAUGAAAUAUUCAGGGACGGACAAGGCAGAACUCACUAAGACUGGCUCUGAUCUAGGCAGCCCUGUAGGAAAGGCACGCAUUAUACACAAGGAGUCUGACAUCAUCACUGCCUUUGCCAUCAACAAGGCAAACAGAAAUUGUUUGGUCAUGGCCUCCACCCAUGACAUUCAGGAGCUGGAUGUGUCGUCCAUCUUGUCCACACAGGUCUUUGCGUGGAUAGAUGAUGACGAAGCUGACGUCAAAGGGGUCGGAGGCGAUGACUUCCUGGUGGUCCGUGCACAUGAUGACUCUGCCAAUGUCCAUGGCACUACACCGUACACCCACAGUAGCCUCGGUACACCCAUCAACGUGCCCUGGCUGGGAGGUCUGCAGACGGGCCGGGGUGCAUCUACGAUGAUCAAGAGAAAUAUCAAUAAUGUGAGAAGGAUGACCUCCCAUCCUACACUGCCUUACUACCUGACAGGAGCUCAGGAUGGCAGCGUGAGGAUGUUUGAGUGGGGUCACUCCCAGCAGAUCAUCUGCUUCAGAAGUCCAGGAAACUCCAGAGUGACCAGGAUACGAUUCAACUACCAAGGAAACAAGUUUGGUAUCGUCGAUGCUGAUGGAGCUCUGAGUCUCUGGCAGACCAACACCAGUGGAAACGCUCCUAAACCGUACCUGACGCUACAGUGCCACAAUAAGACGGCUCACGACUUUGUCUUCGUGGGCUCCUCCUCCCUCGUCGCCACUGCAGGUCUUUCCACAGACAACAGGAACGUAUGCCUGUGGGACACCUUGGUGCCUCCAGCCAACAGCCUCGUACAUGCCUUCUGCUGUCAUGAGUCGGGUGCUACUGUGCUCGCUGUGGCCCAGAGGCAGCAGCUGCUUAUCACAGGUGGAAGGAAAGGCUGGAUCAGUGUCCUCGAGCUCGCUCCCAGGCACCAGCGCAAGAGUUUUCAGGCUCAUGACUCACCCAUCAAAGCACUGGCUGUUGAUGUCAUCGAGGAUUGUUUUAUCAGUGGAUCAGCGGAGGGCACCAUCAAGGUUUGGAGUCUGGACACACAGACUCUCCUCUUCUCCUUUGCAAACGAACACGCCCGUCAGUCACUCUUCAGGAACCUGGGUACGGGAGUCAUGCAGAUAGAGGUGGGACCGGCUAAUCACUUAUUCUCCUGCGGUGCGGACGGAACCUUGAAGAUGAGGGUUCUACCCAACCGCUUCAGUGUCAUCAACAACAACAACAACAACAACAACAACAACAACAACAACCAGAACGGAAACCUCCAGAAUGACGUUAAAUUCUUCAUUUAGUCAGAAAAAAUAUGAAGUUAAAGCAACCAAAGGUCGUCUUAUGAUUUUUGAACAGUGACUUGACACUGCAACGAGCUACGACAGACCACUGAUCCAAAGUGUUACAAUACUUUUUAAUGAAGAAA